AUGUUUUGUUUUUUAAUUAUUUUUAGCAAAUUUAAUUCUCUAUCGAAUGAUACCAAUUUGUUUCAAAUCAGAUUUGUUUGGAUUAGGAUAGCUCCCCGAGCUUUUGAAGUCGGGAGUCGGGGAUCAGGGUUUGCCUGGGUAGAGACUUCGGAGUUCGUGUCGGGGUUUUUUGCCAAAAAAUCGUAUGGGUCCGAGUACGGGGUAGGGAUGGGAAGCUUCCCUAAUUUAGAUGAUUUUUUAUUUUUAUUUUAAUUUUUGUAAAUUUUUAAAAGCUUGCAAAAUUGACGUGUGCUUCUUCCUUUUUUACACCCUUUCUCCGUUUUAUUUUAUUAUUUUUUUUAAAUUUUUAUUUUUCUUUAUUUAUGUUUUAUAUUUAAAUUUUUUUUCUUCUUUAAAACAUGUCGCAAUU